CACACACAGAGAGAGAGAGAGAGAGAGAAGAGGAGAGAAAGAGCGGCUGCAGAUUCAGACUCUUUGUUAUUACACAAUCUGUCACUGGUCUCCAAAGACCCCAUUUUACACGAGGGCUGAAAUGUCGCCUAUCCCCGUCAUCUGACAGGAGUAUCUCUUCUCGCACCGAUCGCCGUAUGAUCAUGAAGUGUGUGUUGUAUGUUUAUUUGGAUGCGGUGGUGUAAGAUCGUGUGCGGUGUAUGGUGCGUCUGCCAUCUGGACUCACUCCGCUAGCUCGCUAGCAUCAGGCUAGCUGAAAAUUAUCAAAACAUAAGUGACUGAGGAGGAAUAAAAUCCCGUUUCCAUGGACAACACGUCCAUCAUUACCCAGGUAGCAAAUCCAAAGGAGGAAGAGAUCCUUUCUUCUUGUCAAGAAAAAGUCUCCCAGUCCAACAGCAGUUUAAAGAAACACAGGAACAGAAGUAUCUUUAGUCCCUUCUUCUGCUGUUUCCGGGACUAUAAUGCAGAACCACCAGCCACCAACAACAAGACCUGCUCCCUCCCUCCACCUGCCGAGGAGAACAGCAGCCCUCCAAAGUGUGAUCAGGUCCAGGUCAUCCCUAUUCCCAGUCCUCCAGCCAAAUACCUCUUGCCUGAGGUCAGCAUUAAUGACUACGGCAAGAACUGUGUGGUCAUUGAUCUGGACGAGACCCUUGUGCACAGCUCCUUCAAGCCCAUCAGCAACGCAGACUUUAUAGUCCCUGUGGAGAUUGACGGAACAGUUCAUCAGGUCUACGUGCUGAAGAGGCCUCAUGUGGAUGAGUUUCUGCAGAAAAUGGGCGAACUGUUUGAAUGUGUUCUUUUUACAGCCAGCCUGGCUAAGUACGCUGACCCUGUAGCAGACCUGUUGGACCAGUGGGGUGUGUUCAGGGCACGGCUCUUCAGGGAAUCCUGCGUGUUCCACCGGGGGAACUACGUCAAAGACCUCAGCCGACUGGGCCGGGAGCUCAACAAAGUCAUCAUAGUGGACAACUCACCUGCCUCCUACAUCUUCCAUCCAGAGAACGCUGUGCCGGUGCAGUCGUGGUUUGAUGACAUGACAGACACCGAGCUGCUGGAUUUACUGCCACUGUUUGAAGGCCUGAGCAGAGAGACGGACGUUUACGGUGUGUUACAGAGCCUGAGGACCAGGUAGCACACGGGUCCAACACUGCCUUGCAAACACAAACAAUUCCCUCCAUCCAUCUGGGGUCGAGCCAACGUUCAGCUCUGGCCUCUAGAGGACACCACUAACCCAACGAACGCUACUUUUCUCCCUCAAUGGACCAACGGCCAACAAUGUUCCUUGGCAAGCAAAUAUAUAUGCUCACUUUUGAUGCAGAAUGAAGCGUCAUUUUUUAAGAGUUUACUAUCCUUGAGUAUACUUACCAGGAAAAAAGAACAGAACGACAGCUAUUUUUCUGGACCGCCGUGAAAACACUUUGAACUUUUUUUCUGUUCAGACUAUGCAGACAGUCUUUUCCGUGACGUCAUCGGUAGUUCCAACAACUGUGAUUUAUUUUUUCUCGUUCUCGUACCAAACGAAGUGCCUUCUGACUGUUGUUUUUAUGAGGACACAAUUGAGUUUUUGUAUGCUGCAUAUUUACAAUUCAAAACCUUUAAACAAACACUUACUGUAAGACCAAGGCGAACAAUGAGUCUUUUAAAAUUCAUGAAGACUUUACGGUGACGGUCAGGUGUCUUCACUGGACUGAAUGGUAUUAUCAAGCAAAAGAUGAUGCCGUUAUUUUCUUGGGUUAAUUUAUGCCUUUGAAAAUAUAGCAUAUAAGCGUUGUGUUCAAAGGAAAUGUUUGCAUCUAUUACCCAACUGUGAUUUGAACUAAUAAUACAACAUAUAUUGUGGAAAAAAUCAGCAAUCCAAUACAUCAGGAUCUGAAAUUAAUAAUCAUCAUUAUCAAAAUAAAAGAUGCAAUCAGUAUAAA